AGGUUCGGACAGCAUUUAAGAUCCUUUGCUUGGGAAAGCCGUUGGAAUACCCAGCCUUGGUCCUCCUCUUUCACUUUUCCUUUCCAUCCCUUUCAUUUGAAUUUCAAUCCCGUAUGCACUCUUCCAGAAACCUACCAUCAAUUUCUCUCAGAGAGAGAGAGAGAGAGAGAGAGAGAGAGAGAGUGGUUGGCGUUUUGCUCGAUCUGGCAUGUGAAUGUUUUAAAAAUUUCACAAUUCUUGAUCAUACAUACGCCUGAAUUCUGGGCGUAGUGAUUCUUCACUUUCCAGUCACACUCUCACAGACUACAAACCCUAGAAAUUCACUCUAUGUCCUCGCAUUUCCUUUUCUGUAAAAUUUUACUUGCUUCCUCUUUUAUCUUAUUUAUCUAGGGUUUAGUUAUAUUUAAAGAGCUACCAGGGUUUGCGAUUUCGACUAUAUUUCUUAGUUACGCAAUAUCUUGAAGUCAAUUAGGGUUCAGAGGCGUAAUAGGUAAAAUGAGGGGGGAGAAAGUGGUGAAAAGAUCGUCCUUUGGAAGCAUAGUGAGGAAGAGGCUUUCUGACAUUACCAAUUCGCAGUCGCAGCCCAAAUUACAUAAACAAGAUGAAAUGCCACCGGUGAUUUCCUCAUCGGAAAAAGACUAUAUUGACCAGCUUCUCAAGGAAAACAUGGCACUGAUGAAACUUCUAGAGGACAGAGAUAAACUUCUUGAAUUGAGUGGAGCUGAGUUGCAGAAACAGAGAAUUACUUUGCAGAAAAUGCAGCUGCAGAAUUGGAGCCUAGCUCAAUCCAACAGCCACAUUUUAGCGGAACUUAAUUUGGGUAGAGAGAAGCUAAAGGCACUGCAACAUGAGCUCAUCUGCAAGGAUGCUUUGCUUAAAGCAAAGAAUUUGGAACUGGAGGAAAAAGAGAAGACUAAUUGUCUGAAGACUGUUUCUCAGGGAGAAAAGGAGGCAGCAAGGGAAUCUUUAGGUCAAGCUAACAAUGAUAUUAAGCCUCAUAAGCCCAACCGAAGGCGCUCCACUAGAAGCCGAUCUAUGAGCCCUUCUGCUUCCCAGCAUGUUUCUCGAAAGGAGAGAAUUGAAAACAAAAGGCCUUGUUUGAGAAGGCAAUCUGCUAGGUUUGAAUCCCAACAGCACGAACCUUCAGAAAAAUUGUUUGAGAUAGAAGAUGUUAAAUUUCCAGCUGGUCAUCAAAUUAAGAAUGCAAUGCACAAAGAUGGAUCUACACAGCUGGGUUCAUCAAUCAAGAAAGAAGAGAGGGACAAAAGUUGUGCACGAAGAUCGGAAACUAGAGAAUCACAAAGAUCUUCCAUUGGAAGACCGUUGCGCCAAGCAGUUGGGAAGGUUCAAUCUUACAAGGAAAUUCCAGUUAAUAUUAAAAUGCGAAGAUCGGAGUGACUGGAAUUUCUGCUCUACUUAUCCUGUGUAUUAUUGAGGAUCACGUGAUGUUUGUAGAUUGUUGACUCUUUUUUUCCCUUAUUGAGAUUUCUUUUAAAUUCUUUUGUAAGCGUGCAAUUAAUUUAUUUUUUGUGUAAUAUGUUUGAUGGGUUCUUUGUGAAGAGGAUCUAAGGUAUAUUGUUUUAAGAAUGCCACAUAUUGUUCA